UUAAAAUUAUUGGAAAUUAUUCAACAUGUUUAUGAAAUUAAAGCAAAUUCUUCGUUAAUGUGUUUAGCAACUGGUUUGGAAUUGAUUUUGAAAACAAGUGAAGAUUGGCAAUUGAUUGCACAUCGUGGAAUCAGUCUGGUAGAAUAUUUAAAUCAAAUAACCGAAAUUCUGGUUGAAUGGAGAAAAAUGGAAAUCAAUUAUUGGCUUAAAUGUUUGGAUAUGGUUUCGGAAAAAAUUAAUGAAAAAGAAUUAUCAAUUUGGUGGUUUCGUUUUUAUACAAUAAUCAAUGAUUUUCUACAAAAACCAGAAUCAGAUUUUGAAAAUUUCAAACAAUUUAUCAAUACUGUUAAGAAAUUUAUUGAAAAUAGUACAUUUGGUCAAUAUGAAAUACGAUUGAAAAUUAUCAAAGUUUUCAUCUAUUAUCUUAAACAUUCAAAUUUGAAUACAACCAUUUGGAUUGCAUUAGAAAAUGUUUAUAAUUUUUAUAAUCAUUUUUCAUUAACAAUUUUCAAACAAAUUUCCCAGGAAAAAGCAAAAAUUGAAAAAGAAAUUCAAGAAUUUGUUACCAUUUCCAAAUGGAAUCCAAAUAAUUUUUGGUCAUUAAAAGCAUCGUUGUCACGGUCGAAAAAACAACUAUAUGGUUAUGUUAGAAAAUAUGAAGAAUAUCUUUCUCAUCCUGCAUCUAAAUUGUUUUAUUUUGAGAAAAAAUUAUCAUCCAUCGAACGAUUUAAAUCAUUGAAAAUUGAUUUGGUCAAAAUGAUCGAAUCAGAUUCUUUUGCUGAAGUGAAUUUCGUUGAAAAUCAUUGCCAAGAAUUUCCAUUCAUUUCAAAAUCAAAAUCAUAUCAUAAAAAACUUUUGGUAAUCAAUCGGAAGAUACGUGUUAAAAGUAAAGAUUUUUUCGAAACAAUCAAUGAUUUAGAAUAUUUUAAUAUCGAAUUAAUCGAUAGUAUCGAUCAAUAUUCAAAUUUGAAACCAAACGAAACAAAAGAUUUGAUAAUAAGAAAAAAACAAAUUGCACAAAUACAGAAUCAAAAACGUAGAGCAUUAAGUGAUUUAUUUAGAAAAUUAUCUAAAUUUGGUUGUCGAUUUCGUAAAGGAAUUUUUCAAUUUGAAAAUGUUCUUAGUAGCAAUAUCGAAUCAUGUAAUGAUUAUUAUUAUAAAAGUUUAUCUGGUUAUACAAUGAUCGUUAGUUUAUUGGAAAAACCUAAUCAACAAUUAACCUUGGAUAUGAUUGAUCGUAUAAAAGGAAAUAUUAUUCAUUUAACCGAAAUUGUUGAUAAACAACGAAAAUUCAUAGGUAAACGUAUGGAACAAUUUAAUGAAUUGAAUCAAAAAUUGAUGCGAUUACAGAAAAGUUAUGAUCCAACUGAAGAAGAUCGUAUUAUUGCCGACAAUUUAAAACCAGUAUUGGAAAUGCUGCAUAAAUUUAAGAAUUUUAUACUAAAAUUUCAAUCAUUUACAAUACGUUUGAAUGAAAUACUUUUAUCAUUCGAAAUGAAUGAUGAAAAGAAUUUUGAAGAAAUUAAUUUGAUUGUCGAAAAUGUUCAACAAAUAUUGAUACAAAUUGAACCAUUAUUGGAUGUUAUUAUUUUUACUGAAUCCAGAUUGACAAUUGUGGAAUCGUCGGUUUUGUCAAUGCAACAACAAAUUGAAAAUUUAUCAAAAUUUUUAAAGGAAAAAUAUCCCGAUUUCAUGAAAUUAUAUACAAAUGAAUUUCAAUUUUUUGAAAAUGAAAUUGAAAAUUUUGGAAAAUUUUUCAAUGAAAUUCGAAGGAAAAACAGCAACACUUUGCUCGAUUCAGAUAAAUCAUCGCUGGCUGAAUGUAAUGUUUUAUUGAAAAAUAUUCUUUUUUGUUUUGAAAAAAUAUUCAAAUAUCUUGAUAAUGAUGAUACGGCCAAAACUGAAGAAGAUAAAGAAAAAUUCAUUAAACAUUCAAUGAAUAAUGUUAAAAUUUUAAAUCUAUUCAAUUCUGAACAAAUUAUUCAAUUGGUUGAUAAAUUUUUCAGUAAUAAUUUUAAUCAAAUAUCGAUUGAAAUAAUUAAAAUUUUCGUACCAUUUUUUACGAAAUACAUGGAUCUUUACAAAGGUUUUCUUUGUAUGUCGAUUGUUUCAUUGAAAACAUCAUCAAAAUUAUUACAUAUUCUUAUGUCAUUAUCUGGUGAAUUAUUGGCUAAUGGAUUUUGUCUGCCAUCAUGUGAUGAUGAUAAUGGUAAUGAUGAACAACAACAACAACAGCAAAAAGAUCAACAAAAAAAUAUCGAUAAUGCUGGAUUUGGUGAUGGAAAUACUGCAUCGGAUGCUAAAGAUGUUUCUGAUCGUCUUGAUUGUCAAGAUCAAUUAGAUGAUUUGGAAAAUAAUAAUGAUGAUGGUGGUGAUGGUGAAGAUCAACAAACUGAUUCGAAAAAUGAAGAUAAUGGUAUUGAAAUGGAUGAUGAUUUUGUUGGUAAUGAAUAUGGUGCUGAUGAAAAACAAAAUGAUGAAAAAUCGGAUGAAAAUGAUGAAAUUGAUGAUGAAAAUGAUGAAGAUCUUGAAGAACAAAUGGGUCAAGUAGAUAGUGAUGAACAAGUUUUAGAUGAAAAAUUAUGGGAUAACGAUGAUGACGUUGAUGAAAAUGAUGAAAAAGAUCAGCAAAAAGAUGGUAAAGAAAAUGAAGAACAAAUGACCGGUGGAAAAGAAGAUUUUGAUACAAAUAAAGUUGCCAANAAAAAUGAAGAUAAUGGUAUUGAAAUGGAUGAUGAUUUUGUUGGUAAUGAAUAUGGUGCUGAUGAAAAACAAAAUGAUGAAAAAUCGGAUGAAAAUGAUGAAAUUGAUGAUGAAAAUGAUGAAGAUCUUGAAGAACAAAUGGGUCAAGUAGAUAGUGAUGAACAAGUUUUAGAUGAAAAAUUAUGGGAUAACGAUGAUGAUGAUGUUGAUGAAAAAGAUCAACAAAAAGAUGGUCAAGAUAAUGAAGAACAAAUGACCGGUGGAAAAGAAGAUUUUGAUACAAAUAAAGUGGCCAAUAGUGAUAAUGAUCAAUUAACAUCACAGAAUAAUAAUGGAGAAGAGGAUAGUCAACUACCUGAAGAUAAUGAUGAUAUCAAUGAUCAAGAUAAACAAAUAAAUGAUGAUUAUCAAAAUAUAGAUGAUAAUGAUUCAAAACAGAAUCAAAAUGAAAUAGAAAAUAUCAAUGAAAUGAUUUUGCCUGAUGAUGUACAAAUCGAUAUGGAUGAUGAUGGUGAUGGCGAUCAAGAGAUGGAUAUAGAAAAUGAAAAUAUGGAAAUUUCUGAUCAGGAUGAUGAUCAAAACGCUGAUCAAGAUUCUUCAAUUUAUCCAAAUUUUGAUCAAAAUGUACAAAAUAAUCAAGAUUGUUUAGAUUCAAUGGAACAAUCGGAUGAAAAAUCAUCAAAACAACAACAACAACAACAACAAAGUUCUUCAUCACAGCUUAAUGAUGGAAAACUAACAUCACAAAAUGAACAACAACAACAAAUAAACGAUGAUGAAGAGAAAUUUUCAAUGCUUAAGAAGAAGAAAAAUCGAUCGCUUUUUGAUGAAAAUUUGGAUGAACAUUUGCAAACAAAACGACAGAAGAUUACAAAUGAUUCGAAAAAAGAAGAUGAUGAUGAUUCGAAAGAAGAAGCUAAUAGACAAGAACAAACAGAUUUAUUUCGUCAUGUUGAAAAUAAGAAAAAAGCUGAUAAUAUUGCCUAUGAUAUUGAUUAUGGACAACAACAACAAGAAGAUGGCAGAAAAAAUCAAAAACCAUUAGAAAGAGAUGUAAAUCUUAAUGAUGAUGAUGAUGAUCAACAAAAUAAUAUGGAAUCAAAUGAAGAGAUUGUCAAAUUUAGUAAUAACAACAGUAACAGUAAUAAUAAAAAUGAUUUGAACAAAACAAAUGAAGAAAUGAAUGAUGAAGAAAAAAUGAUUGAAGGAGAAUUUAUAAUGACAUCGAAUGUUGUCAAUUAUCAAGAAGAAUCAUCAUUUCACACUGGAACAACAGCAAUCGAAGAUCAAAAUCAAAAAAUGGAAAUUGAAGAUGAACAUUCAAUGGUUCCAAUUGAUGAUACAACAACAACAUCUUCGGAAUUACUCGAUAAUGAAUUUCUAUUGGAAAGUGAAAAAAGAAUUGAACCAUUAUUAUAUGAACUUUGUAAUCAAUUACAACUUGUACUUGAACCAACUAAACGUUCAAAAUAUAAAGGUGAUUUUAAAAAUGGUAAACGAUUAAAUAUGCGUAAAGUUAUUGCAUAUGUUGCUAGUCAAUUUCGUAAAGAUAAAAUUUGGUUAAGAAGAAUUAAACCAAAUAAACGUCAAUAUCAAAUAUUGAUUGCAAUUGAUGAUUCAUUAAGUAUGUCGGAUAAUCAAUCACGUAUGAUGGCAUUUGAUUCGUUAAUUUUAUUGGGUAAAUCACUUUCAAUAAUUGAAUCUGGCCUUUUGUCGGUGGUUAGUUUUGGUGAAGAAACACGUAUCGUACAUUCAUUUGGUGAUCCAUUUACAGAUCAAACUAUAAAUAAGAUUUACAAUAAGCUUCGAUUUGAUCAAACACAAACCAAAGUAAAUAAAAAUUCCAUUCUGGAUAUACAAAUUCCUGUUUUCGAUACGGAUGGUACAAUGAAAAUUCAAUCAUACAUUAGUAAAUUUCCAUUUUCAUAUUAUGUAAUAUUGAAAGAUAUUCAUUCAUUACCAAUGAUUCUUGGUGAAUCAUUACGACAAUGGCUAGAAUUGAUUGCAUAUAAUGGCUAGGAAAGAACAAAAAAUCAAUUUCGAAAAUCAGUGUUUUUUUCCU